UCAUGAUUGAGAAAGAGACAAGACAUGCCUCUUCUCCGCUUUCGGCCGAGCAGCAGUCGAAGGAGGCAGAGAACCAUGGAAUCGAGAUAGAGUUGGGUGAACAACCAAUUCAGUCGCCCACCUCAGACUCAUCGCAGCCUCAGCUAUCAAAAGCUCGCACCAUCGCCCUGGUGGCUACGCUGACUGGAGCGGCAUUCNUUAAAGCCGUCGUUAUCGUUCUUCCGAGCAUUGGCAAAGCACUCGACAUACCGGUAGCCAGACAGCAAUGGAUCGUUUCAGCAUACUCUCUAUCCUUUGGUUGCUUCCUGUUGUUAUGGGGUAAACUAGCCGACGUUUAUGGCAAGAGACCAAUCUUCAUCCUAGGAUCACUCUGGGUUGCCAUACUCACCUUGGUCAAUCCGUUUGCAACCAAUGAAAUUGCCUUUGACCUGCUCCGUGGAUUACAAGGUGUUGGUGGAGCUGGCAACAUCCCUACCGCUAUCGGCAUCCUGUCUGCUACGUUCCCUCCUGGAAAGGCCCGAAACUACGCUUUCUCGCUGUACUCUGCAGGUGCUCCCAUGGGCUCUGUGAUGGGCAAUCUUUUGGGCGGUCUUGUUGCCCAAUAUGCCUCUUGGCGUUGGAUAUUCUGGAUUCUUUCUAUCAUGGCAUUCCUGGUCACAAUAGCCGGCUACUUCAUCAUCCCAAUACCACCAUCACGACCAAACGCCGAACUGAAGAAGUCCGUGGAUUGGAUAGGAGCCUUUCUGGUGACGGUUGGCGUUCUGGUGUUGCUCUUCGCUUUAGCCGAGGGCAAUGUCGUGGGUUGGAGCAAGCCUUACAUCCCUGUUUUGAUUGUACUGUCGAUUCUAUUCAUUGUUACCUUUGUCGUCUGGCAACUAUAUCUGGAGAAACGAACGGAGCGACGCCCUCUGAUGAAGAUUACUCUGUUCAAGCGUCUCAAGGUUUCUGCCGCCAUGUUAGCAAUGGCCGUCUUCUUCUCGGCUUUCAACAACUACCUCAUCUUCUCGACCUAUUUCUAUCAAGAGUAUCUCGGGCUGAACGCUAUCCAGACCACUCUUCGCUUCAUACCGACAGGCGUCGUCGGUAUACUCACGGUCCUUGUGACUUCACAACUCUUGAGCAGAGUCCCAAUACAUUUCUUACUCAUGUGGGGAAUGGCUUGCGUAGGAUUGGCAAACNUUACAUACUGGGCUUAUGGCUUUCCAGCCAUGUGCUUGGCCGUGUUUGGCGCAGAUACCUUGUUUCCUUCGCUACUCCUUCUCGUCGCGCAUAACCUUCCGCCCGAGGACCAGGCGUUAGGUGGCGGCCUUGUCAACGCGCUGGGUCAGAUCGGACGAGCCAUCGGUUUAGCCAUCGGCACUGCCAUUCAAGUCGCCGUGCAGACCAGCCAGGAGGGAACGCGUGUCGUCGUCAUGGAAGCAAAUGUUGGAGACCAUGCCUACCUGCGUGGAUUGCACGCGGCCCAAUGGCUCAACGUGGGCUUUGCAGCGACGGGAUUCUUCAUUGUCGCGCUUGCAUUCAGGGGCGCGGGAGUGAUUGGAGCAUCGAAUUGUCGUGCUAAGGGACCUCGA